GUCAACCCGAGGAAUGUAGAGCUCAAAAAGGGUAGCGUCAAUUCUUAAUUCCCCUAAUUGUAAGAAAUAGAAGAUAUGCCACGCGUCUUGAAGCGCUAGCAUUUAGACAAUACUUUAAUACGUUAGACUUCAAUGAUUGGACAUUAUAAGUGAAAAGUAAAGAAAUUCCAUCCAAGGUCUGGACCUACGAAGACUUAGCUAGAUACCGCCCCGCACUUUAAAGUUAGUUUAUGCCACAUUCAAUCUCCAGCCACACGUGUAACCUCGGAGUCACUACUACAAGCCAAUCAAAGUCAUAGAAAUAAUGACUAAGGUUAGAGCCUACCAGAAGCACCUGGGCAGCGCGGACCCACUACUUUGCUUCUAUGAUGGCACAGCCUUCUCAGCAGGCCCGUCACCUGUCUUACCUUCGCGCCCCGCGAUUCGCCAUCCUCUUCUUACCUACCUCCCACCUAAACGAUCCAUUUCCGUUCAUCAACACCAGGCACCAGUAGAUCAUUACUGCAUUCUAUUUCUUUUGUCCCAUCAACUUCGCGAAACCUUCUAUUCAUCGACCGAACGAAAGAAACGAUGGCGGCCAACACAAAAUACCAACCCGCGCCCACGCAAGACCCCGACGCAGGCACCUGGUCGCAAGCGCCGCCCUCCUACCAACAAGCCGAAACCAACACCUCCACCGGCAUCUUCGACGCCGCGCCGCGCAGCAGCGAAGACAACAUCCCCGAUGACUUUAAAUUCGGCGGGUCGGUCGCCGAAGCCACGAUCGACAUCCGCAACCAGUUCAUCCGAAAAGUAUACACGAUCCUAACCGCACAACUCAUCGCCACAGCCGUCGUCAGCGGUUUCAGUUUCUGGAGCGAGGGGUACAAGACCUGGAUCCAGUCGCACUCUGCUUUAGUCUGGGUUUCUCUCGUCGGAUCGAUCGUAUUUAUGCUCUUGACCUACUGGAAGCGCAAGUCGUACCCCACGAACCUACUCUUCUUAUCCGGUUUCACGCUCCUUGAGGCUUAUACUAUCUCGGUUAUCGUUUCGUUCUACCAGACGCAGAUCGUGCUCAACGCUGUUAUUCUUACCGGUGGAAUCUUUGUCUUCUUGACUCUGUUCGCUUGCCAGACUAAGUACGACUUCACAUCCUGGAUGCCUUACCUUUUCGGCGCGCUUUGGGGUCUCUUGUUAUUCGGCUUCAUGAUGGUCUUCCUACCCGCUAGCAGCACCGGCGAACUUAUCUACGGUGGUCUCGCUGCCCUUAUCUUCUCGGGAUACAUCCUAGUCGACACCCAACUCGUCCUCCGCAAGCACCACGUCGAAGAGGAAAUUGCCGCUGCGAUCAGCCUGUACUUGGACAUCAUCAACCUAUUCCUAGCCAUCCUACGUAUCCUAAACAGCCAGAGUAACAAUUAGGCAGUUAUAGAGGAUUGAUAGAGGGUUUUAGGGUGUCGGGAAAUGAGAUUUUAACCAUGGAUUAUGGACUUUCUUUCACACGGGAAAAAUGGUCAACUCCUUGAUGGAAAAUUGAUUUGCCUUACAACCUUUGCAGGACUCGUAUUGAUUUCCUAAUUUUCCUUGAGUAUGUAUGAUUCUAGGGAGCGGCGUUAAAUUGGAGGAAUUAUUGGACCUUGAUUUUUAGAGGUGGUUCGUGUUGGUGGUCAGUGAGGUUUAUAGCAAGAUUACCCAGGUAGUUGUAUUCAUGAAAUCCGACUGCGAUACAACAA